GCCUAUGUCCAUCUCCCUGGGUGGGCGUGCGGCUGCCUGUCCCUGAGGUGAGGUGCUCGGGCUCCUUCCCGCUGGUCUGGCUCCCAAGACCAGAACAUGCGAGGACAACAGAGAACACAGAAGAGAGAGCAAAACAGACAGCGCCGCACGUCCCUCUGGUCUGUGGGUCUCCUCCUCAGGGCACAGGGCGGGGGCCGGCCACACCCCUUUUGUCGAUGGUUUGACUGCACAGCCAUGCACAGCCAUGCUCGUGCAUCCCGUGCUGCUCAGAGAAGCAGAGCUGUGCCUUGCGACAGAGACCGAGUGUUCCCAAAGCCUCACAUGUACUACCUGGGCCUUUACAGAGUUUUCUUUUGUUUGCUGGCCCUUGAUACAGGAUGUUCUAAAAGAAAUGAUCCCUGCCUCCUGGAGUUUUCCUGUGACUGGGCGGACACCUGGGAGGGCGAGCUGGCGCCCAUGCGGCUCUACACGCUCUCCAAGCGCCACUUUGUCCUCGUGUUUGUCGUCUUCUUCAUCUGCUUUGGCCUGACCAUCUUCGUUGGGAUCAGAGGACCUAAAGUGAUCCAGACUUCUGCGGCUAAUUUUUCACUAAAUAAUAGCAAAAAGCUAAAGCCAAUUCAAAUACUUUCAAAUCCACUGUCUACAUACAAUCAGCAACUAUGGCUGACAUGUGUUGUUGAGUUGGAUCAAUCAAAAGAAACUUCUAUUAAGACAAGCUUUCCCAUGACUGUUAAAGUCGAUGGUGUAGCUCAAGAUGGAACCACGAUGUACAUUCAUAACAAAGUUCACAACCGGACAAGGACCCUCACAUGUGCAGGGAAAUGUGCGGAGAUUAUUGUGGCUCACCUUGGCUACCUGAACUACACUCAGUAUACAGUGAUAGUGGGAUUUGAACACCUGAAGCUCCCCAUCAAGGGAAUGAACUUCACAUGGAAGACUUAUAACCCUGCCUUCUCCCGGUUGGAAAUCUGGUUCCGGUUUUUCUUUGUGGUGCUCACCUUCAUCGUCACUUGCCUGUUUGCGCAUUCCCUCCGGAAAUUUUCCAUGAGAGACUGGGGCAUCGAGCAGAAGUGGAUGUCUGUUCUCCUGCCUCUGCUGCUACUUUACAAUGAUCCGUUCUUCCCCCUCUCCUUCCUGGUCAACAGCUGGCUCCCAGGGAUGCUGGAUGACCUCUUUCAGUCCAUGUUCCUGUGCGCCCUGCUGCUCUUCUGGCUGUGCGUGUACCACGGGAUUCGUGUCCAGGGAGAAAGAAAGUGUUUAACUUUCUAUUUGCCUAAAUUCUUCAUUGUUGGACUAUUGUGGUUGGCUUCUGUUACGCUAGGAAUAUGGCAAACACGAAUAGGAGGGUGACUUUAGUCACAGGCUGCUCAAAAACACAGGCUGCAGAGAACAGGAUUUGGAUUGGCAAACUCAUUGUACCCUCAUGUCACACUCCUUCUUUGCUCCUACCUUAGAGCAUUUUGGCUGGGAGGCAAAACCCCAGUGCUAUUACGGGCAGUCCCCUUACCCCUCAUUCCACACCCACUACCCAGAAACUGAAGCCUCAUGACCCGCUUUGAGGAAAAAUAUCCCGUCCUGGUUUUCUGUGUUCCAGUCGGCCUUCCAAACACAUUCUCCCCCUAGGACACAGACUUCAGGCCAGCCUGUGUUACGUCAGGUUGCUAGUUGCCCUUUUCUGGGAGACUCCCAAUGACUGUACCCUCUCUGCUUAAAGACUGUAGAGGCAACUGGUGUUCUCACGCAAAGUGGCCAGGGUGUGGGAGACUAGAUCUUUGACUCUGGCAGUCUCUAGGACUGUAUGCAAGGCCAGGCCCAGGUGGGCAUACUGGCAAAGGCUUUUGGGAACCCGGCUAGGGAGGAAGUAGGGAGCAUCCGUUUCCAUGAUGAUUAUCUCCAGUGGGAUCUGCCUCAGCACUUCCUGGGCUUCUCAGGUGGAGGAGUACGUCAGGACUGCCAUGAGGCCCCGACGUUGGGAAAGUACUUCAGCAGGGGUUCGAUGGCCAGGUAGCUGCAGUGAAGCAAUGCUUGUGUAUCUUGUAGUCAGAGAACACACAUUUUCUCAUGGUGUCCAGCAGAUCCUCGUCAGCUUGCUGGCAGAGGAUCACCAAAGCUUCUCUAGAGACGCAGCCAGCUCAAGCUGUCUCUUAAAUACCUUGUGAUGUUCUGGGACAGGCAUGGUGCACUUGUAGGAGUAAUUGAAGCCUAUUUCUCCAAAUGCCACAGUCGUGGGGUGCCUUAAGGCUUGUAAAAGAUUUCUUUCCUGACUCUUAUUGUAGUAACAUGGAAAAUGAGGGUGACAGCCAAAGGCCCCCCAGACCAGAUUCUCUUUCAACAGCUCCCCCCAUAGGCAAUUUGUCAGGGUGAGGGUGGCAGAGGUCAGAGAUGCAACCCUGAAAUUCCUUAGAGAAGGAGCUGCUGUAAAUUCUUCUGAACUUAGUCAAGGUCCCUUUGAAAGACAACUUGGAAUACAGCAUAUCCAAAUGACAGUGGGUAUCAGUGAAGCCCUGCUCUAGGCUUGGCUCCCAGUGGCUCUUUGGCAGGGAGCUGGAUGUGUGUCCUCCACAAGGACACAGAGGCAUCUCCUCUUGGAAUGUUCUUUUUUGCUUCACCUCUUUUCCUCCCAAGCUUCUGGAGAAGUGAAAUGAGUGAGAAUUCUGGGGAGCUGCCUUCCUCUGAGGCCUCCACAUCUCUGGAGAUGUUAUGGGCGCUCACUGCAGAGUUGGGGGAAGAAUCACUCAGGCACUCGGGCUGCUCCUCCCAGCCUGAGCUGCGUCAUUGCUGCUGCUGCUCACAGACAGGUAGCCGGCAGGCUUGGGGCUGCUGGUGCACUAGCUGACAUACUCACGCCAAGGACUACUGUAAAAAUGAGGCAGGUACAUGACAUAGUAGUGAAGGAAGAAGGCUCUGGAAUGGCUGAGGGUUUCAGUGGGACGGGUUCCUCCUGAGAGAAUCUGACCGUGGAGAUCUCCACAUCAGACUAGUUGCUUCCUGAAGAUAGUUGCUUCCUGAAGAGGGGUGCUCCAUCACCACCUCCCUAUCUUUAUGCUUUCAGAUUUCUAAAUGAGAGAGUCAUCCAGAAACUCGAGGGGUGGAGAGCAUUUGUCAGUGACUGUCCUUUGGUCCCCAAGGGGCUCCUCAGUGGGUUUCUCCUGAGGGUCUGUGACUACUCUCCUGUCACAGAAGCUGCUCCUCUCUGGCACUGUCUUGUCCUUCUCCACUGACCUCUGGGAUUGACUCUCUAUCUUACCAAGCACGGGUGACUGUGACACUCCUGGCUGUUCCUUCUCAGUCUCGGCUGGUCCUUCACUCCUGGCUGGUCCUUCUCCACAACUGGGACACUCUGCUAUGCUUGGUUUUGAACUAGUGACAGCCUCUCCCUUCCUUUUCAGCAUUGAUUUCCCCUGGAUGCCCUGAUUAGCCUCCAGGUAGAUCAUUGUGGAGCCCUGAUGUCGAAGUCUAUCUGUCUUCCUUUUCUGGACCUUGUUGGGUUCCUCAGUCGUAUCAUUCUGACUCUCAGCUUCAGCUGCAAAUCAAGAGUUCAUGGAGUUACGAGAACUAUCUUUGGAAUCAGCCUUAAAGCUGCAGGCUUCCUUUUCUAGAGACGCUAUUUCUUCUAGAAAGGGAUUGGUAGGAUGUGGAGGGGUUCCCCCUGACGAAAGGAAUCCCUGAGUGCUCUGAAUCAGGCAGCCUUUGGUGGUGGCCCCGCCCACACCUGUGCCCAAGGAAUGCCGGGGAGGAGUGUAAGAGUUAAAGAAAGGAAAGAAACAGGAAAAGCGGCUCAACAGUCAAAGACAGGUUUGUUUUGGACAAUAAACCUGAGAGGGCCUUCUGGCCGAGUUAGGUCAGAGUCACUCUCUCUUACAGGCUGAGAGUAUUUAAGGGUUCAGGGCAGAAGAGGUUAUCACAGGCUUGGAAUGUUUCUGUAUCUCUUCGCCUUGCUUAUCUGGGAGGGGGAGUUUUUGUGUCUGUUCCCAUACAACUCCCUGCAGCUGCAGGGAUACCCCCCCACCUCCUAGUCUGCUUUUAGCUUGUCUAUCUUAGCGCAUUUAAAGGGAAAGGAAUGUGCUUAUUAGGUCCUACUUUUUUACUGGGGCCCAUUUUUAUGGGGCCCAUUUACACUCCCAAAACAUGAGUGUGAAGUUUGGUGGUUACCCAAGAGACUUGGGUGCCCAGCUGUGCGCAGCUGUCUUAUCUGUGUUUUACUGUCUACUCUUUCCGGCUGCUUUUUGUUAGAAGUGAUUUCCUUGAAACGCAAGAAGUUAGAAAGGGAGCUGGAACUGAAAGUGGUGGUGUUUGUCCAAGAUGACGGUGCUCCUGCUCUGUCAUUCCAGACCCUAUAGUUAUAAAAGGACCAGGGGCGAUGUGUUCUUUCUGGUUACUUCCUGCUGGGCGGGAGAGGUAGAGAGUCCCUUGGUCUCGGAUUGACUGCGGGAGCAAUGCCGUCUGUAGAUGUUUUGGAUAGUUGUCUGUGAAAUAGCCAUGCUCCUGUCAGUUAAGAAUCUUUGAAAAAGGUUAAUUAGGCAGGGUAAAAACAUUAGUCCUAGGCUUAUUAUUAGGAGAGGGCCCAGGAAUGCGAUGACCCAUGGUAUGCUUUUUGUUCCCAAACCAAUAAUUCAUUUGGUUGUUUUGGUAUUCGCUUAGCCUUUUAGCCCUUUGUUUGAGAUUUUUAGCAGCCUCUCUUACGAGACCUGAUUGGUUGAGAUAGAAGCAACAUUUCUUUCCCAAUGAGAGGCAGAGGCACAUGUUUGGAAAGACCCGUGCGUUAUUUUUUAUUAGUAACUGUUAUUCCUGCUGUAAGGAUAGUAAUUAAGCAAAAUGCUACGGUAAUUGAGAUUGUCUGUCUGAUAUCCUACCCUCAGGGUGCUGCAGUAUAUAGUCCUACUGCAAAUAGUCCAGUAAAGCAGUUCCCGCAAGGGUGGCAUGGUAAAUAAUUUCCAUAAAAAAGCUUUAAUAUUUGGCUUAAAAGGAGAGGUAGAAAUGACAAAAAGUACUUGGUGAGGUAAGACUGAGACUGAGUCAGAUGAGUAAUUGUCACUGUUACAGUAACAGUAACAAUUGUCACUUAUUUUUUAUGAUUUUCAGCUUAAGAUUUCUUAUUUCUUUACAUUGAUAUUUAGGACGUUCCUCUGGGCUGUUGGGAUUGCUUCCUCAGCUUUUCAGGCUUUGACUUGAGUGUGAUGUAUGCAGGGGUUGAUUCCUGUAACAGAUGUAAUGUAAACUGUCGAAAACCAUAAAAAUUGAAAAACAUCAGUCAAGACUAGAAUUUAAAACAGGUGUGCUAUAGUUUUUGAAACCUAAUUUUCUCUCUCCAGUUUCCCAUUUUUUUUAAAAGACAAAUCAUAAUAGGACUGGUUUGCUUUAUUAUACUUGGCUUAUUUAUUUGUAUACAGUGCAGCAAGAGUAAUUAUUUGCUACAUACGCCUUUUAAAUUGGCUUUGAUGGAACUUUUUUCCAUAGAAGGAAUCAGAUAAGACUUUCCAAAGCCAAACCCAGCCAUGGAUUUGUACCAUUAAAUACCUAUGAGUUGGGUGAAUUCCUUUCCUCUUGAGGUUUCAAGAUAACGUGGGGUUCCUGGCCUGUCAGAAAGUGACAUGCUUUGCUUAGCACAGGUCAGAAACUCUGUACAGGGACUGUGUACACAGAAUAUGAGACCAGUUUCCAAGGGCUUUCUUGGCUUCCUAAGUCAAGUUCGAUUCCUUAAAGGAGAGCACACCAUUCCAGUGAAAGCCUUGGCAGAAUAACCAGUUUCUCCAAUUUGUUCUGUUAUGCAAGAAAAUAUAUUCUUACCGCACUGAUGCAAACAACUAUAUUGUUGUGGUUUAAGAAUACUUAUAACUAGUUUUCAAAUUCUAGAGGAACUAGGCAGAGAGAAACAAACAUCUUUAAAUCCUAAUAUUUACAGGAGUAUAUUUAGUUUAAGACAAGUUUCCUUGACUCUGGAAAAUAAAAUAAGGAUUGGCAGUGUCCUGUUUGGAUACAAUCAGAAACACAAUUGACAAAUAAAUUUGGUUAUUUCUGUGGUUUACAGUAACCC